AUGGAAUUUUCAUGCAAGCUCUUCAUAUUAGUUCUCCUCCUUCCCAUAAUUGGGAGAUGCAGCGCCGAUUUCUCCCAUCUCGAAUGCAACAAAAACUUCACCAUUUUCAGCAACAAUAACCAGAAACAAAACAUCGGGCUAGUGAUUUCUGAUCUAUCAGCGAAGCCAGAGGAAGGCUUCGCUGCCUCAUUCCGUACCCUGAAUUCGGAAACUAUUUAUGGCCUCACUCAGUGCCGAGGAGACAUCAAUCUCGAAACAUGUUUGGCAUGCAUCUUAAAAGCGACACAGACGAUACAAACAGCCUGCCCUUAUUCAGCCGAAGCCCAAAUCUGGCUCGAUCAGUGCACCCUACGAUAUGGUUCGGAUAAUUUUGUUGGGCAGGCUGACACAAGCUAUGCCCGAUUUUGGACUUCAAUAAAACCUGCAAUGAAUUCUAUAGCAUUCGAAAAUAGUGUGGAUAUAGCGUUAGGAGUGGCUAAAGUUUACGCGAUGACGACAGGUAGUAAGUUUGGAGCAAUGGCAAGUAAAGUAGUAAAUAGUGAUUUAGUUGUCUACGGAAUGGCACAAUGCACACGUGAUCUCCCAGAAUUUGCAUGUGGCCAAUGCUUAGAUUCAUUAUUGGCUGUUCGAUCGACGGGUUGUAAGGGUCGCGUAGGCUGCCGGGUGGUCGGCCGCAGUUGUACGGUGAGAAUUGAGAAUUUUAAUUUUCUCAGCACUAUUUUCUAG